AUGUCGGUGAUUGUCAAUGGUAGUCCAACAAAGGAAUUCUUGGUGGAAAGGGGUCUUCGUCAAGGAGACCCUAUCUCUCCCUUCCUUUUUGUUAUAGUGGCGGAAGGUUUAAAGGCUUUGGUUGGAAGAGCGGUCGCUAAUGGGGAUUUUGUAGGGUUUAAUGUGAAUGGAAAAUGUUUCAUUGAUAUUCUCCAAUUUGUCGAUGAUACACUUUUAAUAGGCGACGGGAGUUGGAAACAUCUUUCGGCCAUUAAGGCGUUGUUGCGGAGCUUUGAAUUGGUCUCGGGCCUUAGGAUUAAUUAUCACAAGAGCAAAUUGAUUGGGAUCAAUAUUAAUCCGCACUUUUUGGGAGUUGCUACUAAUUUCCUUAAUUGUAGGCCGGAGGAGAAGGAGUUCAAAUUUAUCGGUAUUCUUAUUGGUUCAAAUCCUAGGAGAAUCUCUUCUUGGAAACCUCUUUUGGACAAUGUUAGGAGGAAAUUGAAUUCUUGGAAAGGGCGGUGGCUUAGUUUCGGAGGGAGGAUCACUCUUAUAAAAUCGAUUUUAAGUAGCUUGGCAAUCUUCACUCUUUCUUUCUAUAAAGCCCCAAAGAAGGUGAUAGCGGAGAUAAAUAAAAUGCAAAGUAACUUUUUAUGGGGAGGGUUGGAAGAGAAAAGGAAAUUGCAUUGGGUUAAAUGGAACGACUUAUGCCUUCCGGUGGAGAAAGGCGGUCUUGUCUUUAGAAGGUUGGAUCAAUUUAAUAAAGCGCUUCUUUUGAAGUGGUAUUGGAGGAUUUUUGGAGCAUCUAAAAAUUUAUGGUAUAGAAUGCUUAAAGCUCGAUACGAGGAUGUGAAUCUUAGGUUGUAUUGUGAUAAUUCGAGCGUUAAGAAGGAUAGGAAGACGUCGGUGUGGUGGGCGGAUUUAAUCUCUUUGGGGAAGGAUUUACCGGAGAAUUUUUUCACUAACAAUUUUCUUUUUCAGGUUGGAGAUGGGCACACUAUAUCCUUUUGGAAAUCCCAUUGGUUGGAUGGUGGUCCAUUAAAGGAUCGUUUCGCGAAUCUUUUCAAUUGCUCUUUGUUGCAAGAUGUUUCAAUUGGUGCCAUGGGAGGGUGGAUUGAUGAGGAGUGGUUUUGGGGAGAUUUAGGCAUUCCCGCUAACCAUGUUUUCAAACCAAAUGCAGGGCCGAAUGCUGCCACGGUCUCUGCCACUGUUUCUGGGCCGAAUGCUGGGGCGGUUUUGAACGCCCGUGCUGGUACUGUUCUGGCCGUGACAGACGGAGCUGCUGCCCGCGUUUAG